AUGGCGAAAUCGGCUGCCGAACUUGGCCUCGACCAAUUCUGCCAGGCAUUCCUUCCGUGCAGAGAAUUCGCAUCUUGUAUGAAACCCUUGACACAAGUACCUCUCGGAGCACUCCAAAAAGCCGAUUCUCUAUCUGAAGCGAAGCUUUCCAAGCUUUUCAUCGAAACUGUCAAUACCACCCACAUCCUGUCUCAUGCGACCGUGUCGCGCUUUCCGUCUCCGGAAGAGAACAGAAAGGAGGCCGUAAGAACGGACGCCGCGAUCUUCCGUCACAAUUCAACGUCUGUGGUUACGACGCCAUCUUGGACCGACCAGAUCGUCCCAGUGGCGUUCAGCCCCUACUUUCCUGGUGGCGAUCCGUUUGAUCGCGCCGUCUAUGACGAUCCGUAUGGCGCGAUUGAGGCAGAACGCAAGCGAGUCUUCGAUCGCAUAUCGACCAUAGUGGAUGUCCUCUUCGCCGCACAACAACGCGUUUUCGUUUUCGUCCUUCUCGUCAUCGGACGUAGUUUCCGACUAAUUCGAUGGGACCGCGCCGGAGCUAUCGUCACCUCAUCCGUCGACUACUACACCAACCCAACGGCGCUUUUGGACUGCCUGCAGCGCAUCUCUGCCCUCGACGACUCCACACUCGGGUUUGAUCCAAGCGCUAGUCGCGUCCUCCCCGGCGACGUUGACUUCCUGCGGAUGGACAUAGCCGCUCUUGAGCACUCCACCGACGAGGAUCAUUCCGAGCGCGACCUCGACCGCGAGGUAUCCGGGGACCGCAUGGUCUUCCGAUAUGCACGCACGCUGUUCCGCAGUUCUCUGGCCACUGACUGGCCACGCCACAAACUCCGAGUACCCUGUGGUUCGUCUUGGCGCUACUACCUGGUCGGAAAACCAACAUUUCGAGCCGAUGGGGCCAUAGGGCGCGGAACCCGUGGUUACGUCGCUCUCAACUGCGAGACGCGUCGCUUCGUGUGGCUGAAAGACGCCUGGCGCGCAGCAUACAUGAUAUCCUGCAGGGAGGGAGAUGUCCUAGAGAAGCUGAAUGAGGCGGGCGUGGAGAACGUGCCGACCCUCGUAUGCCAUGGGGAUAUCGAUGAUCAGGUGACUGUCACCGCGGACUGGUGGGGACGCGACUCGGAACGGCCAUCCUCUGCUGCACCCUCGACGUCUUCUAGCCAGGGUUCUCCAACAUCGUCAGCCACCCUUGUGGAGUCGGCCUCGUCUGGCAGUAGGAAGCGGAAGAGAGGGGCGGCGGACGAGGCUACACUUCCGCCACCCGGAGAUGAACGAAUGCGCAACCUCGUCACGCGCUCUGAUCACCCCUUGCGACAACACCAACACUACCGCAUCGUGGUAAAAGAGGUUGCAUUUUCGCUCAGGAAUGUCCAGAACGGACGGCAGCUGGCAUCCGUCGUUCUCGAUACUGUUCAAGCACAUUGUCAGGCAGCCACAAACCCCAAGACGCUCCUUUUACACCGUGAUAUCAGCGCUGGAAAUAUCCUCAUUUAUCCACGAGUUAGGCACGGGAAAGAUGGCACGAAACGUGCGAUUGUUUGGACAGGCAUCUUGUGUGAUUGGGAGCUUGCGAAGCCUGUGGACGACCAACGUGCCCCAUCAAACGCUCCGCGCACGUCCCAGAUGGGCACGUACCAGUUCAUGUCGGUCAACCUCCUAUCGAACCCUUCAAGUCCAAGUGUGACGAUCGCGGACGAGCUGGAGUCGUUCUUCCAUGUCCUAUUCUACUAUUCUCUCCGCUAUCUCCGCUCCAACUGCGAGUCCCCGGAUUCGUACAUCACCAACUACUUCAACAGUUACGCAGGCCCCGGCGGCCUACACUCGUGCGGAUGGAAAUCGCUCACGUUCCAAGUAGAUGACUUCCUCAGCCUCCAGUUCCCUCAUAGUCCUCUGCUCUUCAACAGCCCAAUGGACGACCUCCUUGAAGCGAUCUUGAAGUGUUUUAGGUCGCACUACAAGCUUAUACGAGACGAUUUGCGAAAAGCGAUGCCUCCACCUCGUCGUCGCACACCGCCCCCUCCUGAGUCCCCCGGCAAGAGAAUGACGUUCUCUGUUUCCGAUAUUGUCUUCUUCGGGGAUGACGCGAACGAGGUCGACGAGGACGAUGCAUUCGACAAGUAUCGUCCGGCUGACAACACUCCGUCGGAAGAGGACCGGGCACUCGCAAGGAAGAUCAUGGACCACAAGUUCAUGCUCGAGUACAUGACGCAGACGCUCCGGGAUACGUGUUGGCCAGAGGAUGACCGGAUACCCGAACGUCAAAAUCGGCCUUCGACUGCUGUUAAGCCGGUCGCACCCGCCGAUACUUCUCGACCGCAACAUGGGAGCCAUAAGAAGCGGCGCAUAGCUGGUCCCGAACGUACACAUGCCACCCUUCCAAUCCGUCUUCAUGGAUCGACACGCCGGCUGCGGAGUAGCGCGCGUACCGCUCCCGUCUCUGCGAGGUCAUGA